CCUGAUUUUGCUCUUAGAAAGAAAACAUUCUCAUCAGAUGAUGAGCUUCAUGAAACCCCCAACAAAAAAAUUAAAAUUAAUAGAGACAAAAAUCCACCUACACCAAAAGUCCCGCCUGCACCAAAACCUCCAGCACCUCUAAAAUACAUCAAGACAAAAGGUCCUGUUGUACGACCUCUGCUUACAACAAGCAAAGCAGUGAACUCUUUCAGCAAUUCACUUGUUAAUCACCACCAAAGGGCCAUGGAGAAGCCGCAGCAGGCCCGUUUUGAGACUUUCCCCAGCUGUCAAGCUCCAGAUGUUCCCAUGAGCUUCUCCCAGGCAGAUGAGCCACAAGAUGCUUGGGGUGAACACUCACCUGGCAUUCAAGAGAAUGCAUUUUCUUUGCUGAGACCUUCAAGUUCCAAGCAAGAAAGAACACAGCACCGCCAGCUGGAAACUUGGGAAGAACACCCAUCUAUCACUCAAGCUGUUCCAGUGAGCUUGUCCAAUGAAAAUGAGCAAGAGGAUGCUUGGGGUGAACACCCAUCUAACUUUCAAGAGAACACAAUCUCUGAACAGAGAUCCUCAAGUACCCACCAGCCAAGAACAAAUAGUGCUUCUGGUGUGAGACGAUGGAGCUGCAUCACUAAUCAAUGUACACCUGUUGAGAGGACAAUUCUGGAGGCACUUAAUGAACUGGACAUGAAGAUCAAUCAUCUGACUUCAGUGGUCCAGUCCCUUGCAGCAAACAACCGUUCCAGUGCUCCAGUGGUGGACAGCGAGGAUGAUGUCUUUCCUCUCACAACCAUGGAGGAACUAGACAAACUGGAAAGACAAUUAUCAGAAAAAGCAAUGAUGCAAAAGAUGGUGAACAGGUUAUCCAUCAGUGGAGGACACACACUAAAGAAAACAAUAUGGAGAAUAUGCUCCAAAGUGUUUGGUCCUGUAGCCAAACAGCUGAACUGGUGUGGUAGGGGAGAAAAGCGAGGGAUCAGGAAAACAAACAUAGGAGCACUCCUAAUAGGUGGAGACCAAGGUGGGAUCAGAGGAAUAAAGGACCAGAGCCCAAGUACAGCCGCAGGCCUGGAGGUCCACCUUAUAGCUGAAGCUCGAGGGAUCAAAGAGCCAUGA